AUGGAGCACAAAAAAGUCUAUUCAAAGUGUAUUAAUUUAAAUUUAAUCAAUGUAAUUUUUAGUUAUGAAGUACUAUGUAAUAAAGCAAUGAGGUCUCAAAUAUGUUCAAGAAUACUUCUCGUUUCAUUUAUUGUCUGGUUUAUCAUUUUAUUGUUUGCUGCUCGACAUUUGUCAUCAUUAAAGUCAGGAUAUGGAAUUGGACAAAAUGCCAUUAGUGAAGGAAAUAAAAAUAGGUUAGAGGCAGCUCUUAAUAAACUUCAUGUAUUACAACAGCAUUCAGAACAUUUAAAAGCUGUUUUCGAAACUCUUAACAAUGCUGAAGAAAAUGAUUCAGUUAAUGAAAUUUUGAAAAGUGCUGAAAAAGUAGUGACACCUUUCGAGGAGAAAAUAGAUGUUAAAUCAUUGUACAAUUCACCCAGCCUUGGUUAUGAGACCCUGAGGAAAAGAAUUCAAGAUGAUGCUCAAGAGUUUUGGUUUUACAUUUCAUCACAGCUGGAAAAACUGAAAGGAGACAUAAAAAGAACCUCUCCUGAACUGACAGAAAAAAUAAAUAAUAUUUUAAAAAUGACUGCCGAGCAUAAAUUGUCGUUAAUGAAAGAUAUUAAUGGACUUAGUAAAGAAGAUGGAUUUUCAUCUUGGAGAAAAUCUGAAUCGGCCAGUUUAGCAGCAGAGUUAGAAAAAAGACUAAAAUUAUUACAAAAUCCUGAAGAUUGCACCACAGCUAAAAAGCUUAUUUGCAAUUUAAAUAAGGGUUGUGGAUUCGGGUGCCAAAUUCAUCAUGCUGCAUACUGUUUAAUUGUAGCUUAUGCUUCAAAAAGAACUCUUAUUUUGACAAGUAAAGGAUGGAGAUACCAUAAAAGUGGUUGGGAAGAUAUUUUUUUACCUCUUAGUGACACUUGUCGCAGUCCAUCUGGUGCUUCUAGAGUUGGCUGGCCAGGUCAGUCCGAUUCGCAGGUUGUAGUUCUUCCAAUUAUCGAUACUCUUUUUCCGAGGCCUGAAUUCUUGCCUCCAGCUAUUCCAAAAGAUUUAGCACCCAGAUUAAUUAAAUUACAUAGUCAACCGUUGGCUUGGUGGAUCGGACAAAUGCUGAGAUAUUUAAUGAGACCGCAGCCUUCAACAGAAAAGUUUUUUAAUGAAUCUAUUAAUAAACUUAAUUUUAAAAAGCCUAUAGUAGGUGUUCACAUUAGGAGAACGGAUAAAAUUGGGACCGAAGCUGAUUUUCAUUCAAUAGAAGAAUACAUGAAACACGUUGGAGACUGGUUUGAUCAACAAAUACAAAACGGAGUAGAAAUAAAUCGUCGAAGAAUAUAUUUAGCCACUGACGAUCCAAAAGUUAUUUUCGAAGCCAAAAACAAGUAUCCCGAUUACGAUGUGAUAGGAGACCCGGAUGUGGCUAAAACGGCUGGAAUGUCAACAAGAUAUUCGGAUAAUUCAUUAUUUGGAAUAUUGCUCGAUAUACAUCUUCUAUCCUUGUCGGAUCAUUUAGUUUGCACAUUUAGCAGUCAAGUUUGUCGAGUGGCAUAUGAAAUAAUGCAAACCUACGAUUUGGAUGCUACAACUCAUUUCACAAGUUUGGACGACGUUUAUUAUUACGGGGGUCAAAACGCUCACAGUUCCGUGGCCGUACUUCCACACGAACCAAUGAAUUCUAAUGAGAUUGAAUUAAAAGUCGGAGACAAAAUAAUCGUGGCCGGAAAUCAUUGGGACGGUUAUUCUAAAGGUCGAAAUUUGAGAACGAACAAAGAAGGAUUGUAUCCAUCGUUUAAGGUUCAAAACAGAGUUAAAGUCGUAGAUUUUCCAGUCAAUGAUGGUGGCCUAACUUUCUAA